UCUGCCCUCAAAUCACACAACAGUGGUCAGAGGCAGAGCUGGGAGAAAGAAUGGGCACUACUAACUGGGCUGUUUAAAGCAUAAUGAAGGCUUUCUGCAGGGGAAUGAGGAACUCAACUUUUCCAAAAGCAGCAAUCAUAAGAAACCCCGCUGACGGCUCUCCGGGCACCUGAAGGAGGGAGCCCUGGGAGGAUGGCGAUGUUGCUAUGGAUGCAGCUGACUCCGUAAGUAUCCUCUUGCAGCUGGUCCAGCGAUGCUCUCUUCUCCCCUUCCAGGCUCUCCUUCCUUCUCAGACAAGAUGUCUUAUCAGAAAAAGCAGCCCACCCCUCAACCCCCAGUGGACUGCGUGAAGACCUCUGGCGGCGGCGGCGGCGGUGGCGGCGGCGGCAGCGGCGGUGGUGGCUGCGGCUUCUUCGGCGGCGGCGGCUCAGGGGGCGGCAGCAGCGGUUCUGGCUGCGGCUACUCCGGCGGCGGUGGCUACUCUGGCGGCGGCUGCGGCGGGGGCUCCUCCGGGGGCGGGGGCGGGGGCGGCAUUGGAGGCUGCGGAGGGGGCUCCGGUGGGAGCAUCAAGUACUCGGGAGGCGGGGGCUCCUCCGGCGGGGGCUCCUCCGGCGGGGGCUCUGGCUGUUUCUCCAGCGGUGGGGGCGGCUCCGGCUGCUUUUCCUCCGGUGGCGGCGGCUCCGGCUGCGGCGGCGGCUCCUCCGGGGGCGGCUCCGGCUGCUUCUCCAGCGGUGGGGACGGCUCCUCCGGGGGCGGCUCCGGCUGCUUCUCCUCCGGCGGCGGCGGCUUCUCGGGCCAGGCGGUCCAGUGCCAGAGCUACGGAGGCGUCUCUAGCGGCGGCUCCUCCGGGGGCGGCUCCGGCUGCUUCUCCAGCGGCGGGGGCGGCGGCUCUGUCUGCGGCUACUCCGGCGGCGGCUCUGGCGGCGGCUACUCCGGCGGCGGCUCUGGCUGCGGCGGAGGCUCCUCUGGCGGCGGCGGCUCCGGCUACGUCUCCUCGCAGCAGGUCACUCAGACCUCGUGCACGCCCCAACCGAGUUACGGAGGGGGAUCGUCCGGCGGCGGCGGCAGCGGCGGAAGCGGCUGCUUCUCCAGCGGCGGGGGUGGCGGGAGCUCCGGCUGCGGCGGCGGCUCCUCCGGGAUUGGCAGCGGCUGCAUCAUCAGUGGCGGGGGCUCCGUCUGCGGAGGUGGUUCCUCUGGAGGCGGCGGCGGCGGCUCCUCCGUGGGUGGCUCCGGGAGUGGCAAGGGCGUCCCGAUUUGCCACCAGACCCAGCGGAAGCAGGCGCCUACCUGGCCGUCCAAAUAGAUCCCCCAGGGUACCACGGAGGCGAAGGAGUUGGAGGUGUUUUCCAGGGGCACCGAUGGGCUUAGAGCUCUCAUGAUGCUACCCGAGGUUUGCAAAUCCUUCAUGUCUUAACCUACCUGGAAGAAGCCAUUGAGCUCUCCGGCUGCAUCUAAUUCUGCUGUUUAGCCUCUUUGGUUUCUGUACAACUACCUCCCAACCCCAGUGCCUCAGUCAAUAAAUUUGCAAAUUCAUGAGAAUCUUUAGGUCUCCAAGAGUAUUUGUAGUGUUCAAGUUCAUCCAUUCCAUUCCAUUCUUCUCCUUUCCUGCAUUCGCUCAUUCACACUUACAUUCAUUUUACAAAUACACGGACUCUAUUGGCGGAAAGGUGAGUGGAUAGAUGGGAGUCACCAGGAGAGGGAGGAAUGGCUGGCAAACGACGGUCAAACAUAUGAACAUUCUAGUGUACGGCUUAAAAUCAUGACGUGAUCCCAAAACACAAAGAUCCUGAGGAGAGACUUCAGUAAACACCUCCCUGUGGAUUGAGUAGCUACUGUGGGUCUCCUUACUGAACUCUGUUUUUUAAAGACAGGCUGCCCUGGAAAGACGCUGUCUCUCACAGUCCAGAGCCAAUUCUGCAAGGUCUGAAAGCUGGGUGGCUGCACAUUAGGAGCACCAGCUCAUGCUACUCAGACUCACGGAGACAUAAAAAGCAUAUCAGAUGUUUACGGGCCCCUAGGGUGAGCAAGACCACUUUAGUAGGUACCCGUAGGGAGAGGAGGUAGUAGGGGAGCUGUUUCCUGCUCUCUCACUCUCUCUCUCUUUUUUUUUUUUUUAAUUUCAAUCAGCUUUCUCGGGUUGAAUGUUUCCUGCUCUCUUGAAGGAACUUUACCUAAUUAGGAAGAUGCAGCAUACAUAUACGAGAUGUAAAAGCUCAGCACCAGAAAGAGGUCAUGGAAAACACAAGAGCUUCCAAUUAACAAGGAAGAAGCGACAGUUGCUCCAAGGGAUGUAUUAAUUGCAGAGCCCGCAAAAGAGAUGUAGAACAUCAGCCUGGCCAGGGACUUUCCAGGUUCUGUUUCAUAUCCUGAUUUUACCAGCUCUAGUUAAAUGCCAAUUUACUGAUUUACUCAAGAAAAUCUCCUGCUACGUCAAAAAGCCAAAGUACCCUUCCUACUCAAUCACUGCUGGGGGGAAAAAAAAAGUCUUCCUCCUCAACUCUUCCAUUUAGGAUCACUACCAUGCAUCAUUUUACAUCGGUAAUUCAUGGAGAUCAGAAUAAAUAGCAGUCUUAAAGAUCCAGGAGCCCAACCACUGCAUUACUUUUAUGUUUUUUAACAAAUGAAAGUCAGACUUUCAGUUCUGGACAAAAUGAAGUAGAUGUAUUUCUUACUAUCGCUCUUGUGAAGUAGAACUAAAAUCUCUGGGCAUAAUAUAUAAAACAAACAUAAGAAGACUUUGAAAGCUGGGUGGCUGCACGUUAGCAGCACCAGCUUAUGCCGUAAACAUCUGAUAUGCUUAUUAUUUCUCCGGUGAGUCUGGAGAGGACAAGGCAGAGUAGCUAGAGUCCUCAGAACUAAAGGACUGACAGUGGUAAGUUUCCUGGGUUUUCUUUUUGCCUCCUGUGUUUCCCAGAUUGGGCACUAGAAAAUCUGCAACCAAGAUUCUGGCAGGUGCAGACAAAAAAAUUGCACCAAGAAAAUUCUCUUGCUUUAAAUAAAAGACCAGGAAAGGGGUAGUCUAGUAAAACAGAAACCUUUCUGACAAUAUUUGCUCUACUUCAACCAAACACCAUGGGGAAAAAAAUGAACAAGAAUCCUGGACUUCCACCAUAGUAAGGAGACCACAUGGGCUUACUCAGAAGGUGCUACACUCUCCAUAACCUCACUAGUGUGGUUUUAGCAGAAGUCUGCUAUAAUAGAAAAUUUAAACAAGAUCUGAAGUCUCUUAACAUAAUGCCCAAAGUGUCCAGCACACAAUAAAAAUCACUCAUCAUACCAAGAACCAGAAAAAAAUCUCAACUUGAAUGAUAAAAGAACCAUUAGACAGAUAACCAACAGUGAAAUGACACAGAUUUUGAGAUUAUGUUAGGGAUUUUUUUGUUGUUGUUUUGAGACAGUCUCACUCUGUCUCCCAGACUGGAGUGCAGUGGCCCAAUCUCAGCUCACUGCAACCUCCACCUCCAGGGUUCAAGCAAUUCUUAUGCCUCAGCCUCCUGAGUAGCUGGGACUACAGGCGUGUGCCACCACAUCCGGCUAAUUUGUGUUGUUUGUUGGUUGGUUUGUUUGUUUCUUUGUUUUCAGUAGAGACAGAGUUUCGCCGUAUUGGCCAGGCUGCUCUUGAAUUCCUGGCCUGAAGUGAUCUGCCCGCCUUGGCCUCCCAAAGUGCUGGGAUUACAGACGUAAUCGCCGCCACGCCUGG